AUGUCAGAAACCCGCCUUUUACAGCCCUUGAAUCUGGGCUCAAUUGAGCUUAAGAACCGUAUUGCUAUGGCUCCCAUGACCCGCUUCCGUGCGCCUGAUGAUCACGAAAUCCUUCCGAUGGCUGCGCAAUACUAUGCCCAACGUGCUUCAGUUCCGGGGCCUCUACCGGUCACGGAAGCAACACUCGUCUCUAAACAGUCCGGAGGCUACGCGAAUGUGCCAAGAGUUUACAUCGAAGCCCAAAUCAGCGCGUGGAAGAAGGUUACCGACGGAGUACAUAAGAAGGGAGGCUUUAUCUACCUUCAGCUCUGGGCCUUAGGCAGGAAUCUCUCCAGUGGCUGA